AUAAUAUGUCCUAUAUCGUGUGUUAGUAUGUGUGUAUAACAGUCGAUAUCGUCGGAAACUGGACAAUGUGAUUUCUUACGGAUGUACAUGUACAGGCAAGCACGUGAUAUAUCAAUGGGGAAUGAGUAUGAUAUCGAUAAUAGGCUGACAUACCUUAGUGACAUGGUAUGACGGACAUUACCAGACGUGUAGACGUGGAUCGAUACACACGAACAGGUCUUUACUUAUACCUGCAUCUUGAAGACAUGGUGUGAUAUGGCCAGAACCUGGACGUACCGCUACCAGUGAUAGAAACACUCGAUAUAACCUGCUGUAGUGGUUUGAUCAGUAGUAACAUAAUAUACACAGAUAACACAGACUGGGGUCAAAUGCUUGGUCCAGAAGGAAUUUCAAAAUAGUGUUAUCAUUCAUGAAAUGUCACAGAUGUAGGGUAUCAACGACGGCCGGUUCUAUCUCUCUCACGGAACCAUUUCUACAAGGGGUUCCGCACCUAUAAUUUAAUAUUUGCAUUUCGUAAUCAGGACAACACUUGAGACCAAUCCAAAGCGUUUAACCUUCCGAUAAAGAUUGGAUCUGUGUUUAUAGCAGUAACGUAUUUAUUGGUUUGAUAUGGUAAUAAAGAGGAGUCUGCACCUACAAUGUGUUGAGUCUCAAGCAGUGACGUAAAACCUCGCGCCAAAAUGGAUACCCACAAAAACUCAAUCUCGCGCACCGUGUCAAGGGACACAAUAAGUGAUGGCUCCGAGGAACCACUAGUGUCACAACUUUUAACCAAUGGAAAAGCAAGCGUUGUGGUGGACGUUGACGUUUUACCAGAGAAAAAAAGAUCUUCUGAACGUGAACCUACGUUAAUAACGGACACGUUCGGACAACUGUUGGACUACUGCUCCGACACUUUGGACUCGUGUAGAUCAGCGACACAACGCUGGUUCAAUGACGCCAUUUUCAUCGCUCUUGUCGUUGCAUAUAUCAUUUACAUCGCCUUUAUCAUCGUGUUUGACACCUCGACCGCGUUCUGGACAUGCGUGGACUUGGUUCUCGUCUUCUUGGCCGUUGUACACAGGUUCUGGGGGAUCGCAACCCUACUGAGUCACGUGACAACACCUCUUCUUGAAAUCCGUAGACGACACUGUUUCUUCAGUCAGAAACGACGGACUUUGGCGGGAAAGCUUUUCACAGCGCUCCUGUUCGUGGCCAUAGGGGUAUACUUGGUAUUGGACCUUUAUGAAGAGCCGGAGAGACUGAUCCCCCUCGGAGGCCUCCUUCUGUUCUUAGUCAUCAUGUUCGUCACGUCCAAGGCCCCGUCAAAGGUACAGUGGCGGGCGGUACUGUGGGGCCUGCUGCUGCAGUUCCUGAUGGGUAUCGUGAUCUUACGAUGGCCCCCGGGCUACAGGGUGUGUAAAAUGAUGGGAGACGCAGUGGCGAAGUUCCUCUCAUUCACCGACUACGGCUCCAAGUUUGUGUUCGGAGACAAAAACUAUACUAUGCACGUCGUGGCGUUCAAGAUUCUGCCGGUGGUGGUGUACUUCAGUGCCGUGGUGUCUAUCUUGUACUACUGGGGAGUAAUGCAGAUCGUCAUUAAGGGACUGGCCAAACUGUUCCAGUACACCAUGAAGACCACAGCCGUCGAAUCCUUCGCCACGGCGGCCCAUAUCUUCAUCGGACAGGUAGUAUCUACUGUGGCCCUGAAGCCGUUCCUCCGGGAUCUCACAUUGUCUGAGCUCAACGCCGUGAUGACGUCAGGGUUUGCUACCGUGGCGGGAACAGUCAUCGCCGCCUACAUCGAGUUCGGGGUUCCAGCCGAGCACGUGAUUACGGCGUCAUUCAUGUCAGCCCCGGCUGCAUUAGCAGUGAGUAAACUCAACUGGCCGGAAACGGAAGUACCGCAAGGAGACGAGAAGGAUAUCUACGUAAAACUUAAUGUCGGGAACGAACACAACGUAAUGGAGGCAGCCUCGGCUGGUGCUUUGACGGCUAUCAAACUUAUCUCCUACGUCACUGUUAACCUCAUCGCCUUCAUCUCACUCCUCGCCUUCCUAGACUAUUUCUUGUCCUUCAUGGGAUCACGUGUCGGUCAUCCAGAGGUCACGUUCCAGUUCCUGUGUUCGUACACAUUCAUGCCCUUAGCCUUGGUGAUGGGCGUUAGAUGGCAGGACUGCGGCAAGGUAGCGGAGCUCAUAGGCAAGAAAAUAUUCAUCAACGAGUUUCUGUCCUUCGCCGAUCUCGGGACGAUGAUCAAGAACGAUGAAAUCAACGAACGUUCUGUUGUGAUAGCUACCUACAUCCUGUGCGGGUUCGGCAGUAUAGCAGCCAUGGGGAUCAAUCUCGGUGCGUUUACCGCUGCGGACCCCAGCAGACAAAAAGACUACGCAAAAGGCAUGCUCAGGGCAAUGAUUGGCGGGAAUGUCGCGUGUUUCAUGACCGCGUGCGUUGCAGGUAUACUAUACCAGGGAAAUCCGUUACAGAACUUAAACCUUAAUGUUACCACCACCGUAAACUCCACCUUCGUGAACGGUUCCUCACUUGGCACCAGUAUACCAAUGUUCAAUGGUUCGUUCUUGUCCAACAGUUCCUCGGUGUUCACUAAUUCGACGUUAGGUAAUAUGCUUAAUGGUACAUUAUGAUGACGUCAAUUUCGUAGUUGUUUGCUGGCGGAAUUAUUUGUAUGGUAACUUUAUAUAUAUCAGUGUGUUGUGAUAAGUUUUUGUGGUGGGCUUAUUACAAGUCAUAUACAAGAGAUCGAGACAACAUUAUUACGUUGAUUAGAAGGCGUACCAGAUAGGCCUAUAUAUGCAAGAAUAAUCGUAAAAUUUACCGCCGGCUCCAUACUCAUUAAACCAUACUCAUGCUCAGAUCCUGUUUUCAAGAUCAAAUUGGUGCUGCCCUCUAAGGAGAAUCUUAAUAAUAUAGAAACGAAAGUGGUGAGUUUCAGCUUAGCUUUAAUGAAUCAGUAUUAUGUUGUAGAUUACGUUGCUAGCUUUACAUGUAAACAUAUUUUUUAUAAAGAAUUGAGCACAAGUGAUGACCAUUCUUAAACGCCAUAGUGAUUGCAUGCAUUAAAGUAGCAAGUCAUAUAUAUAUUACAUGAAAUCCAACUAUUUCAACGAAGGUGAUCAAUGAGUUGUCAUUGUAUCCAGAGUAAAUGAAAGUUAUGCUUGUUAAAGAGUAUUUGUAUCAUUAGCCGUGUGUGAGAGAAUCACCUUUGAAUUAGUUUAACUUUGUGUAAGGGUUGUAUUUGUUAUAGUUAAACUGUUUGCAAGAUGAUUUAAAAAAAAAGAUAUCUGGUCAUUUAAGUUAGAGAAGUUUUUGUAAGAGGUUUGCACAAGUAACAAAAUUCUGUGUGGAUUGAUUGCAUUUGUAACAGUAUAUGUAGAACGAAUGGUAGAAGGUUUGUAAGAAAAUUGCAUUUCUGUCAGUAUUCCUGGUCGGUGGUAGAGCAAUGGAUCUUUGUGUCGGAGAAUGUAUGUUUCAACAGAAUGUGUGUGUUAAUUGUAGAGCUCUAUGUAAGAGGUUGGAGCAGGAAGAUAAUCAUGGCCAGGAAGUCAUAUAGAUUCAUUAUACAACUUAUAUAAAAUGUACCUAAAGCUUUAACAAUCAAUGUGUUGUGUAGUUUAUUAGUGUAUGUGUUGAGACACUUUUGUCUCAGAAGAGACAAUGCCAAAGAUUUCCUGCAUUUUGUCAAAAAAAUUUGCCUUUAGUUAUCGACUUAAUUUCAAAUGACAUAGUUAAGUUAGGGUCAAUUAAGUAAUUUGGGGUACAAGUGAUAAUAAUGACCUUAAAUUCAGAUUCUACAUUUGGGUUAGUUUAGUUAGGGGUUAAUUAAGUAAUUCGUGUACAAGUGAUAAUAAUGACCUUAAAUUCAGAUUCUACAUUUGGGUUAGUUUAGUUAGGGUCAAGUAAGUAAUUCGUGUACAAGUGAUAAUAAUGACCUUAAAUUCAGAUUCUACAUUUGGGUUUAGUUAGGGCCAAUUAAGUAAUUCGUGUACUAGUGUAAUAAUGACCUUAAAUUCAGAUUCUACAUUUGGGUUUCAAUAGUGAGAGUAAGGAAAGACAACUCUGGGUAGAGAUUGGGAUAGAGCAAGAUCAGGGUUGUCAUUACGUCAUAAAAAUUGACAAAUUUCUGCAUUUUAUUGCUGUGGCUCAAAUAAGAAUGUACAAGGUACGACAUUGCUCCCUUGAUUUUGUUAUAUUGGCUCUACCUAUUUUACAAGUUGAGUGUUUGAUAAUGAAUAAAUACAGUAUGAAAAUACUUAUUUGUUUGGUCAUUAUUCAUCCAUGUUUUAGCUUGGACAGAAAUAAGUUGAUAUGCGUUCACUUCCCACAGCUCUAUGCUGUACACACAAUCCACUCUGCCGAAAUCUUGUCAUUUCUACCG